AAUGGCCUCUGAGGCAGGUGGGCUCACUUGCUCCUUGGCAGUGUUUCUGUUUUGGGAGAAACAUCUGAGGAGAGAAGAUUUUUUUGUGUGAAGCUUGUGAUGUUGAGAGAGUUUUAAACUAUGGAAGCUUUCUGGGGUUUAGUUAACAUGUUUCAGAGCACGGCCAUGGGGGAUGCAGAGCCACUGGAGCCCAGGGCUGCUCGCUGCCAGCUCUUCAGUUCCAGCAUGAGGAGCGUGGCCAGGAGGCUGAGGACUUUCCAGCAGUGGCCCCCCACUGCCCCUGUGUCUGCCCGGGACCUGGUGGAGGCUGGAUUUUUCUACGUGGGCCCCGGGGAUGAAGUGCAGUGUUUCUGCUGUGGUGGUGUCCUGAAGGACUGGAGACCUGGUGAUUGCCCCAUAAUAGAGCACGUGCGUUUCUUCCCUUCCUGUGAAUACAUCCGUGGUGAGGAUGUUGGGAACCAGGAGAUGCUGUCCCUGCAGGAGAUCUUUGACACUGUGGAUGGGCAGUUCCUGAGUGUCUUGCAGGGGAUAGUCAGUGAGGAGGCAGCCCUGCCCAACGAGCCAGAGUACCCCGAGAUGGUGACAGAGGAGAUGAGACUGUCUACGUUUGAGAAUUGGCCACAAAAUUCCAGCAUACAUCCAGAGCAACUGGCUAGAGCAGGGUUCUUUUACACAGGACGAGGAGAUGUAGUGAGGUGUUUUUACUGUGAUGGAGGCGUGAGGAGCUGGUCCUUUGGAGAUGAUCCUUGGAGGGAACAUGCCAAAUGGUACCCAGAGUGUGAAUUUUUACUGCACUCAAGGGGGAGAGAAUUUAUUAACAGUGUUCAGGCGACCUUUUCUGGCACCCUGCUGGCUCCUAGGCAUUCCUGGCAUCAGACCGAGCAAGACUCCUCUCCUUCCCAAGAUCCUCUGAGGGACUGGAAAUUGCUGGCUCAUCCUUCUGGGGAUCAGAGUCUCAUAGUGCAGAAUGUCCUGCAGAUGGGCUUUGACCCCACCUGCGUGGCAAACCUGGUAGAGAAUAAAUUUGUGCUGACUGGGACUUUCUACCUGUCUGAGUCUGAGCUGAUUUCAGACCUGCUGCAGUCAGGCUGGGGGGCCAGCAGCAGUGCAGGAAGAAGGAGAGGUGCUGUUCAGAGAGAGGCUGGAACAUCAAGACAAGAAGUGCGACCUGUGCAGCAAAAGGAAUCAGAUGAGUCUCAGCUGAGCACAGAAGAAAAGCUCCGCCGCCUGCAAGAGGAGAGGAUGUGCAAAGUGUGCAUGGACAAAGACGUGUCUGUUGUGUUUGUUCCCUGUGGCCACCUGGUAGCUUGUGAGGAAUGUGCCCUCAAUUUGAGGCUGUGUCCCAUCUGCAGGGCUGUCAUCCGGGGCAGUGUGAGAGCCUUCAUGUCCUGAGCCAUGGUGCACCCAAAGGGGGAAGAUAAAUCCACACAACUCAUUGAUAACUCAGCAGAGGGAGAAAAUAAGUAAUUGCUGGAGCAAUCUUAUUUGCAGGGUGACUUGGGAUACGUGUAAAAACUCACUGAAUGUGUCUCCCAUGCACAGUGUUUCUAGGAAGAACUGCUGGUUUGAUCUACUCUUGCUUUAGGACUGCUCCAGGAAAACUCUGCUGGGUUCUUUUGUCCUCCAAAAUGAGGCUUUUAUUGACAGAGAUUCCCCUUCUCAACAUUUUUGUGUUCUCAAGUGAAUCUUUGCUCUGUGUUGAAAUCAAAGACUGUUUUCAGCAGGCUCUGUUUUUUUCUCACUUAGCAGUUGUCUAGAGACUAUUCUCUUAGAGAUUCCUUCAGGAAGUUUGAUUGAAAAUGGGAGUGUUUUUUGUACAAAAUGCAUUCCAUUGGGACUAGAAUACUCGGCAACAAUGUGUUGUGGGGGAGGGAAAAUCUACCUUUUUCUCCCCUUUUUGCUUUUUUUUUUUCCCCUCCCCUUUUUGUUGAAUUUUCAACAACUGAUGAAACGUUUCAGUAAUACUCAAAUUUGCAUAACUAAGUGGAAAAGUCUGGCCUAACUCUCCAAGCUCUCUGCUCUCAGCUGACCUCCCCUGGUGGAAGGCUCUGUGCUCAGGGUCACUGGAUGGUCUCCUGGAAGCUUCUUAUGGAGCUCUUCCCUGGCUGUUGGGUAUUGUCCUGGUAGAAAAAAAGCUCUGGAAAACACUUUUUUAGAACAUCUGUUUGCUGGCUAAACUAGCGAUUCUUAUUUAAAAUGGAAUAUUCUAUCAUGUAGCCAAAGAGAGUAAGUUUCAUUCACAAUAUCCCUUGUUAAGUGAAAGGAAAGGAAAUAAGUUUUUAAAAAUAAAUUGUUCUUUUUCAUGGAAUAAAAUUUUUCCUUUAUUUAA